GUAAAAUUAAAAAAAAUUAAUUGAUCCAAUGAGGAGGAAGAAAAGUAAACACAUGACAAAAGAAAUAUUCCCUUACAAAAUUGCAACAGGUCUUCAAAAGAGUGAAAGGAAAAAUACAAAAAGUAUUUGUAAUCGUAAUGCACGCAUUGAACUCCCAGGCGGAAAGAUGGCCGAUAAGCAAACAGGAUAUGUAUCAAUGUACGGAAGAGAGCUCAGACUCAAUGGUUUUAAAAGUAGGUCUUCCCAAAGAACUGAAUACGGUGAGAUUAAAUUCCGAUCAUUAAAUGCUAAACCACCAGUCACUUCUGAAAGAAAGUAACGUCUCCUACACCUUCUCAAGAGCAAAUAAUGAUAAGUUCAAAGAAGCUAUUUCAAGUUAUUACAACGAUAGUGGAACUAUCAGCCCAAAGAUGUCAAUGCGUACUGGAAAGAGUGCAAAGAGAGCACGCAGAUGCUAUAGUAAUGAGAGAAGUAGUAUUCGAACCUUAAACCGCAACAAGUCAGGCCCUACUGUCUACACUUUUAAGAAUAAUUAUUUCCCGAUAAUGCCUCAAACUCCUUCAGAAGAGUCGAAUCAGCUCCUUAUUAAGACGAAGAAUGGUAAUAUAAUCCAUGAUGUUGAUAAAAUUGCUGAAAGAUUGAUGGCUAACUCAGAUAUCCUCAAGAUACCAGCUAUGGCACACUUGAAGACUCUAAAGAAGGCCAAAUUUCCUCUACCAUCUCUGCACAGCAAAAGUUUGAAUUUUUCAAGUGCGAAACCAAUUUGAGGUAUUUCAAAACCCUCCCUUCUCCAAAGACAGCAGGCCCUAAUGACCCACAAAUAAGCUCCAAAUAAAACUCUCAAAAGCCUUCAAAGACAAAAUCCUCCAAUCCAACAGAAACCGUAUUUUUACAAAGCAUCGCGAAAGGGAAAAACGAAAGGAGAUGUUCAGUGAGAAGAAUAUACGUUCUGUGUGUGAUAGUUAUGCUGAAGGUGCUAUUUUGCCUGUUAUGGGAAGACUCAUAUCGGAAAAAUUCAUGCUGAGAAAGCAGAAUUUGAGUAGAGCGAAGGAAAUAGGCAAGAGAACUUGUUGGAUAUUGAAGGCUUGUGGGAUGUGGAUGGUGAGACAUAAAUAAAGCUAAGGAAAUAAUUGCUAAGAAGAUUAUUUACAGAUAUUUAAUCACUUACAUGAAGCCAAAAAUAAAAUGUAUUCAGAGAAGAAGAGUGAAUGUCAUUCGUAAUUUCCUUCUACGCACAAUGCAAUAUCCUAACGACCCAAACAAAUGAUUCCUAAGAUACGCUCGUCUAAUUCAAAGGCUGAAGCGUAACCUCAAGAUACACAUCAGACACCAACGUUUCAAGCACUGAAUCACAAAUUUUCAAUGGGAUAAAAUUGAGAAACAAGAGCUUAAAAAUCAAAGAUUUAAAAGUUCAUUUGCUUCCUCUCCAUCUAAGGGUCAAUCGCCUCUUGAGAAUGGUGUGCCAAUAAAAAUCAGACUGUUUUACAUCAGAAAUUACUAUAGUUUUAUGAGAAAAUAAGCACUUCAGAGACCUUGAAAAAUGGACUGAAGAUUGCAAAACAGCCACAAAAGCUCAUACAACUUCAAUGAACAAGAAAAAUGCAGUGCAGCUGCUUGCAGGCAAAGAGUUGGUACACUCAGAACCAGUACUACCGAACAAGCCGACCCUAAGAGUCUUUAUACCUCCUGAUAUCCUACAUGAACUGGUCAAAGAAGCUAUUUUUCGUCAUAAAUACUGGAAAUUAAUUAUUGAAGAGAAAAUAGAAUUCUCAGAUCUCCCAGUCAUGAAAGUAAUAACCUCACAAUAAUAACUAUAAAUCCCAACCA